AUGAUUCAGGAUUGUGGAGAGAACGGGUACUGUGAGGAGGUGCAGGGGCGCACCACGUGUCGUUGCAACACUGGCUUUGCCAAGACUGCCGACGGCUGUUGCGUGAAGGAUGAGGAUGGGGCGGCGUCGUGUGUGUGUGACGCUGGCUUCACGCUGCGAGAUGAUGGCAAGUCGUGCGCUGCCGUCGUCCUGCCACCUGCUGCCAGCAACCGCCGCUACCCGCGGGGCCAAGAGAAGGACGCCGAGGGCAACUGCGUUGACGUGUGCACGGUACGCAACUACGGCCCCAACUCGAGGUGCCUGAAGAACGAGGCAGGCUGGGCCAACUGCGAGUGUGAGAGGGGCCUCAAUCUGCUGCCCAAUGCGUCAUGCGCUCGCACGCAUGCAUACACAGCAGUCAGGCAGGGCACUCCGGCCAUUCUCCCCUUCCUUUCAGUCAGGCAGGGCACUCCGGCCAUUCUCCCCUUCCUCUCUCUCUCGUGCACUCUCACUCGGUCGUUGCUUCUUCCCGGCCUCAUGUGCGUUUUCUCGUGCUGUGUGUGUCAACCCGACAGACUCGUGUGCGAUAAGGGACUGUGGGGAGAACGGGGACUGGACUGUGGGGAGAACGCCUACUGUGAGAAGGAGCAGGAUCGUGCUGUGUGUCACUGCAACUGGGGCUACGCCAUGACCGACACUGGCUGUGUUGACACGUGCAUAUUGCAAGCAUGUGGUGAGAACGGCCGCUGUGUGAAGGACGCAGCAGGGAUGGCGUCUUGUGUGUGUGACAUUGGUUUCACGCUGCAAGAUGAUGGCAGGACAUGCAUAGGUAAGGAUGCUGUGCCUUGUUGUGUGCGUGUGCUCUUGCGUCCUUCCGUGUUUUGCUGCUGUGUGUCCCAUGUACUUACGUGUUCUCUCCCCUUCUUUCCCAAUCUCUCUACCUCUUCCUCUCUCUCCCUCUACCGCUUCCUCUCUCUCUUCCUCUACCUCUUCCUUUACCUCUUCCUCUAA